GGACCCGCGGACCACCGGCCUGAUUCGAUUCCGUCCGAUAUACCUACCCGUACGUGUUAGAUUCCACGUACGCGCGCGUGUGAAAACGAUGCCGAACGCUUGUUUGCGGGGGUUUCGAACGCUCGCGUUUUCACUGUUUUUAAUUCCCCGUGAAUACGCGCGCACGCGUGUGCAAACAACACGUGCGACGAGCAUAAUUAUUACACUACACUAUACAAUUAUACCAAACAUGUAACGACACAACAACAAUGCCAUCUACGAUAAUGGCAAUUACCGGCUGUGCAUAAUAUAACAUCAUUAUCGUUAUUAUCGUUAUAGUUGUACGCUAUAAGACCGUAACCGGCCGAUUUCCGAAAUCUUCCGUCGAACACAUCACGGACGUGUGAACCCGCCCGCGUUUACAGGCUCCGGCGGCGCCCGCCAGUUGGCAAAGCGGUCCCGCAGCGGCAUCAUCGUAGCCGUCGUCGUCGUAGUCCGCCGUCUUAUCAGCAAAACGGCUCGUACUAUAUCAAAACGUACGGAAUUCGACAUAAUAAUAUCACACGGCGUGUGUCUGCGGCACCAGUUAUACAGUAAUUAUUCACAGAUCGGUACCGAUAUACUUGUGUAUAUUACACUGACGUCGAAACGAAAUUCGCGGAGACGGGGGAGGGAAGUAAAAAAAAAAUAGCAACCGAUUUUGGUUGGAAACGUUUAUGUCGGGCGCUAUUGUUUGACGGUUCACUUGUUGCGACAAUGUUUUUUCGCCAAUUCACGCGACGACAGCAAUAAUUAUACAUAUACAUAUACCGGAUACGUAUAUAUCGGCGGUGGCGGAGGCGGAUCACACACCCCGACGAUCACGGCGACGGCGCCGCUCGUUAGCGGUAUAAUAUCCCGACACCCGUCAGUCAUUAACCUUCCGUGCACUGCAGCCGUCGUAGACUCUCUGCGGCGAACGGACAUCACCGACUCGCCACGAAGACAUGCAUCACCCGCCGUGGUCGCCACUGUGUCUCGUCCUGUGUCUGGUCGUCGGAGCAGAAGUCCUACUGGCCGCCGAAAACGUCACGUCCAUCCCGAUACAGGAAGGUCCACAAGCACGAUGCUCAAAUAAUUACACGAUGACUUGCGUUAAGAGGGACGUGCUUUUGCUCCUAGACGGUCUGGAUGGCGAACGAAGCUAUGAAAUUUAUCCAGGAUUCACAUUAUUUCAGAGGCGUAGUUCGUCUGCUAGCCUACUGACGACCAAUGAGUCACUGAAUGCGGCUAACUCCAGCCAGCUGGACCACAUGAUCGCCAAACGGCUCAAUGAUUAUGUGGAAAGCAUCGAUCUACGGGUCAGACUCCUCAAUCCGAUCAACGCGACAGCCCGAUCGGUUGGUAACAGCAUGUUCGAACGGAUAUUGCCGUUUCUCAGAAUGAGUAGAAAAAAGAAAGACCAUCACGGAUUGUACUGGGCGGCGGGCACGAUGGCUGCUGUCGGAGCCAGCGCUCUGAUAGCACUUUCCAGCAAGGCUCUGAUGACGGCGGGUGCGGCAUUAGCACUAGCCAUCUACAGCUGCAUGAAAGGCGGAGGAGGCGGCGGCGGUGGCGGCAAGGGCGGUGGCAGUCACCUAACUGCCACGCUGAUGGAGGAGAGCACACUGGUGCCGCACAGGCAGUGUGCCGAAGCGGUGGUGGACAUUUCGGGUAUGCACAACUAUCCGGCGGACGUGGAACGAUAUCCCGGGUCACGGAAGACAGUGGACAUCGUGUCACCCGCCAUGCCCGUCUACAGGAUCCACCAGACAUCUGAGGACUAUUCAUCGUCGUAUGGUCCGUCUCAGUCCCAAGCCCAGUACCCGUAACGCCCUCGGACAACCUUGGCCAGUGGUGGCAUUUACGAUUAUAAUGGCGAUAACUAAGACCUAAAAUUGUUUCAUCAUACAAAUUAUAUAAAUAAAUUAAGCAAAACAAAAAAUAGGAUCGCCUCUUCGGUCAAAUAAGUAUCACAUUUGAAUUAAACUGUUCUUAAAUGCCAAACUAUUUAAAUUUUAAAUUUUGACAUAAUAUUGAAGUUUACACGAAAAUGUUAGAUUUUGAUUAUUAUCGGAUCCUAUUCACUACGACUACUCAACGUUCCACUUCAAAAAAUAUUAUAAUUAAAUAUCAUUAACUAUAUUUUUAUUUAUUAUUUAAUAUUAUUAAAUAAUAAGAUUAUUAUUUCUAUUAAUUUACAAGUAAUAAUAAUAUAUAUCUUACGAUAAAUAUUAACUGGCUAGUAGUUAAUCAACUUAUACUUUUUAAUUUACGUUUUUGUAUUACCCACAUAUUCUGUAAAAAUUAAAAUGUCCUGUUCGAGUCCGUUACACAUGCUUAUAAUAUAAGGAAUUCAUUUGCGCUGCAUAAAAAUAUUAAUAAACCACAAAAACUAUACUAUAAUAUUAUAUUAUUACAGCACCACAGCAAUUUUUUCUUGUUUAUACAAUAUUAUAACGAAUCAUUAUUCAUUGACGGCAAUAUAACUUCGUUUUUUUUUUUUUUUUUGGUUAACACGAAACCUUCUUUGUCGGCGCCACUGCCGUCAUCCCAUCAAUUAUAAUCAUAAUAUUUUAUAUUAUAUUCUUUCAUGUUUUCUAUAAAAAAAAUAUAAAAAUAGUCUUAUAAAAUGUGUGUAUGUUCAGUGGUGAUGUGUGUUGAUACAUUCACGCUACGAUGAUGUGAUAACUAAUAGUAGUAUUACCAUAGGUAUAUUUCUUGAUUUGCAAUGUAUCAUAGUUUUAAUUUCUAAUUCCAUGACAUGUUUUAUUAUAAAAUAAGAUAAUUAAAAAUCUGGUGUUAGUUAGUGUAAUAAUUUAAUUAUCAUUAUUAUAAUAAUAGUAUAAUAUGUUAGUAAUAUACUCCAUAUAAGGUGAUUGGUAGAUUUAUGCCAAUUAACAAAAUUUAUAUUUUUUAUUUUUAUAAGCAAUAAAUUAUUUAUUUUAGAA